AUGAAUCCUUCACUCCUCCUGACUGCCCUUUGCUUGGGAAUAACCUUAGCAGCUCCAAAACUUGAUCUCAGUUUAAAUGCACAACGGAAAUUGUGGAAGGCAACACACAGGAAACUAUAUGGCUUGAAUGAAGUAGGAUGGAGAACAGUGUGGCAGAAGAAUAUGAAAAUGAUUGACCUGCACAAUCAGGAAUACAGCCAAGGGAAACAUGGCUUCACCAUGGCAAUGAAUGCCUUUGGUGACAUGACCCGUGAAGAGUUCAGGCAGGUGAUGAAUGGUCUUCAAAACCAGAAGCACAAGAAGGGGAAAGUGUUCCCAGUACCUGUCUUUGCUCUGAUUCCCUCAUCCAUGGACUGGAGAGAGAAAGGCUAUGUAACUCCUGUGAAGAAUCAGGGUCAUCGUGGUUCUUGUUGGGCUUUUAGUGCCACUGGCGCCCUUGAAGGACAGAUGUUCCGGAAAACUGGCAGACUUGUCUCACUGAGUGAGCAGAACCUGAUGGACUGCUCUUGGUCUCAAGGAAAUGAGGGCUGCAGUGGUGGCUUAAUGGAUAAUGCCUUCCAGUAUGUUAAGGACAACAGAGGCCUGGACUCAGAGGAAUCCUAUCCAUAUCUUGGAAGGGAUGAAUCCUGCCACUACAGACCCCAGAGUUCUGCUGCCAACGACACUGGUUUCGUGGACAUUCCUAAGCAAGAGAAGGCCCUUAUGAAGGCAGUGGCAACUGUGGGCCCCAUCUCUGUUGCUAUAGAUGCAAGCCAUCCAACCUUCCAGUUCUAUAAAGCAGGCAUUUAUUAUGAUCCAUACUGCAGCAGUGAAGACCUGGAUCAUGGUGUUCUGGCGGUUGGCUAUGGGUUUGAAGGAGCAGACUCAGAUAACAAUAAAUACUGGCUUGUCAAGAACAGGGUGAACACAGACAUAUUAAUGUUUGAUUAUAACAUUAAGGUACUGUCUCAAGCCUGCCUAGGGUAUUGA